AUGUCCGGAGCCAGAGCCGUCGUCAAGACGCUGGAUCACCUCGUUCUUACCUGCGCCAGCGUCCCAAAGACAGUCCAAUGGUACACCAAGUACCUCGGGAUGAAGGCAGAAACAUUCACGUCGCCGUUAGAUCCAUCCGUCCAGAGGCACGCACUGAAGUUCGGCACACACAAGAUCAAUCUGCAUCAGCAGGGCAAGGAGUUUGAGCCAAAAGCCAAGACGGCACUGCCGGGCACGGCCGACCUCUGUUUCUUGGUGGAGGAUGGCACCAAUCUUGAGGAACUGAUCAAGGGCUUCCAAGGGGACGGAGUUCAGGUUCUUGAGGGAGAGAAGGUGGUUGCGAGAACGGGAGCACAGGGUCCCAUCCAGAGCGUUUACGUGAGAGAUCCCGACGGAAACUUGAUUGAGCUUUCUCACUACAAAUCAUAG